UGGCUGGGGGAGCCGGCUUCCCUGGGUGCGGAGCCAGCCCCCCCCAUCUUCCCCAAGGGCCUGACAGGUCUGUGGGCCACCCUGUGGUUGAAGUAAACAAUAGAGUCUAAAACACUGGAAUCCCCCCCCCUCCAGUAAAUAAUGCAAUUUACGAAAAGUUUUCGGGACAUUUUUCAUCUCUGCUGCAUCCUCUGCGCAUUGUGACGUUCGUUCCUUGUCUAAACGCACGAUGAGACUCCUAGAGGCUAUGAAAUGGCAAUAGAGGAUACAAGAGGCAAUAGCGGAUACAGGUGGUCCCCGACUUACGAACACAUCAACGUACGACCAGCCGCACUUACGACCAACCUCCCAUGCAGCCGGUCCCCAACGUACGAACGGCAACCCGCGCUUACGAACAGCGCAGUCCCAUUUAAAUGAAUGGAGUCCGACUUACCAACAGAUCGAGUUACGACCAAGUGUUUGGCCAUAAAAAUACAGCGGAGGACCCCAGAAUUGACAGGGGGAAGCCAACGCAAGUUUAUCUUCUUCAAGAUUCACUCAAUCCAAGUAUAUAAGAUGAUCACCUGCAAACUCAAAUCAUGAGAUGUAUGGAUAGCACAUCAAGCGGAAUGCGUUCCACUUAGAGAUCCAGGUGAGAUCAGAAAUCCAUUGCACUAUGAACUAGAUACUCACCGUGAGAGACCGUUCCUGGUCUGAACAGGUUACAGUUGAAAUAAGCAAGACAGGCAAAGGCUGGGAAAAAGGAGAAUGACUGGGAUAUGUUCGAGGAAGACACACUGAACUAUUCAUCCAUCACAAGGAGUUUUAACCCGCCUGCUUUAAUUGCAAGUUCAGCUCAGCUUAAUUUUACAGCUGCUCCAAAGUCCUCAGAAUGAACAUCUCUUUAAUAUAUUUACAAUGCAUGACACCUAGAAGAAUUUGAGGAGAAGGUGGGUGGAAUACUGAAUAUGUUUCUGUAUGUUUCAGCUAAGAUUAUCUAAGAUUUCCCAAAAUGUCCAGAGGAUUUAGAUGCACGAUUCCCAUUGAAAUUAGUAGGAGUUUUGCAUCUAAAUCCACUAAAUGGCUUUGACUAUGUUAAGCCUCUAGAAAUGUGACAGAGAUGGAGGAUGGCUUUUUUAGUAAGAUGCCACUUUCAUCUAUUUGGUACACAUUCUGUGCCCAUCCCCAUGUAUUGGAGCACUUAUGUAAGUCAGUAAAUGAUAGAUUUUGUUCCUACAUUUCUGAAAAACACUGCACUAUGGAAAGUCAAUGUGCGGGCAAGCAAUGUAAAACCUUUUAUGAUCAAAAAAAAACCAAACACAGGCAGGAGAACAGAAAAGCUGGAAGGACUCUGUUCACCCACAUGCUAAGAUUAGUUGUGUCCGAAUGUUUAAUUUCUCUUGAUAUCCUGGAAUUGUGUGUUCAUCUGAAUUAAAAUCUAUGAGCCGGGACUCAGCAAAUUCUCAUCCUGGUAUUGGCAUGUGUCGGGGAGAGGAAGGCACAUGGGUGUAUCUUUGUGAGUUUUGGCAUCAGGGAUUUACCUUUACUGGGGACUUUUUCACUUAUUAUGAGAUAUCCUCUUAGCCACGUCACUGGAAUUUCUAGGAAGUAGGAGCCGAGAGAGAACAAAAAGGCUGCGAGGCACGAGCUGAAGGCAGAGAGCACACACUGAGACUGAGUGCAAGAACUACUGCAGCAGCUUAUCAAAGGAAACCAGCGGCAGAAGGAACCACUCUACCAAGCCGUUACACAGCACCAGGACAUCAGAACCACCGUCUCCCUCUCUUCAAAGAGCCAAGUGAAGAGAAGUUCCCCAGAAACAUGAUUGGCCUGUGGCUCCUCUCUGUUCUCACUUGUGGACUCAUGGUGCUUGAGGAGGGCAAUUGUUGGACAUAUCAUCAUUCAGAAAUAAAUAUGACUUUUCUGCAUGCGAAGGACUGGUGUAGGAAACACUUCACAGACAUGGUUGCCAUUCAGAAUAAAGAGGAAAUUGCCUAUCUGAAUGCAUCUUUACCCUACAAUCCAGCCUAUUAUUGGAUUGGAAUCAGAAAGAUUGACAAUAAGUGGACCUGGAUUGGAACCAACAAGCAGCUGACGGCCGAGGCUGAAAACUGGGCGAAAGGCGAGCCAAACAAUGGAAAUAACGACGAGGACUGUGUAGAAAUCUACAUCAAACAAAAAAACUCAACUAAUGCUGGGAAAUGGAACGAUGAAAGCUGCAGCAAGGAGAAGGUUGCCUUGUGCUACACAGCUUCCUGCAACGCGUCUUCCUGCAGUGGCCGUGGUGAAUGCGUGGAGACCAUUAACAAUCAUACCUGUCUCUGUUAUGCGGGAUUCUACGGGCCUGAAUGCCAGCAUGUUGUGGCGUGUGACCGACUAAAAGAACCCGAACACGGGACCUUGGAGUGCAUCCAUCCACUGCAGAACUUCAGCUACAACUCCUCCUGCAAGGUUCAGUGCGCAGAAGGCUACGAACCCACGGAAGAGCCAGUGUUGUGCACCUCUUCCGGGAGCUGGUCGGCCCCAACUCCAGCAUGCACAGUGGUGCAGUGUGACGGCUUAAAGGUUCCAGCUCAUGGCUCCCUGACGUGCUCUCCUGCCUCUGGGAACUUUGUGUGGAAUUCAACCUGCGACUUUGCCUGUGAAGAAGGGUUUGCGUUGAAGGGCUCAGGCCGGCUCCAGUGCGGCGCUUCUGGGAGGUGGAAAGGACAGCCGCCAACAUGCGAAGCUGUGACAUGCGAAGCCGUGAGGGGGCUUGAAAACGGCUUUGUGGACUGCACCCUCCAGGAGCCAGCAUUCACCUACAACUCUACCUGUGAAUUCUAUUGUGAGGAGGGCUACUGGUUACGUGGAGAACGCACAGUUCAGUGCACAGAGCAAGGAGAAUGGUCAACGCCUUUCCCGAAAUGUGAAGUGGUGCAGUGUGACAGCUUACGGGCUCCAGCUCAUGGCUCCCUGACGUGCUCUCCUGCCUCUGGGAACUUUGUGUGGAAUUCAACCUGCGACUUUGCCUGUGAAGAAGGGUUUGCGUUGAAGGGCUCAGGCCGGCUCCAGUGCGGCGCUUCUGGGAGGUGGAAAGGACAGCCGCCAACAUGCGAAGCUGUGACGUGCGAAGUCGUGAGGGGGCUUGAAAACGGCUUUGUGGAUUGUACCCCCCAUGAGCCAGCAUUCACCUACAGCUCGACCUGUGAGUUCCGUUGUGAGGAGGGCUACCGGUUACGUGGAGCACCCUCAGUUCAGUGCACAGGGCAAGGAGAAUGGUCAGCGCCUUUCCCGAAGUGUGAAGUUGCACAGUGUGAAACCCUGAUGCCUCCUGAAAAGGGCUCCAUGAAUUGUUCACACCCUCUUGGGGAUUUUGCAUCCGGCACAGUGUGCAAGUUUAACUGCACCGGGGGAUGGUUGCUAAACGGCUCGAACGUACUUCAGUGCAGCCCUGAAGGGAACUGGACUUCAAGGCAGCCGACGUGUGAAGCUCCUCCGGCAUCUGAGAAACUCAUCAGUUACAUCUCCAUUGCAAUAGCUGCCACCAGCGCCUCUCUGCUGUCGACAGCAUCACUCCUCAUUUGGCUCGUAAAGCGGCUUCGAAGGAAAGCAAAGAAAUUUACUCCUGCCAGCAGCUGUCAGACUCUCAACUCUGAAGGUACCUACCAAAGUACUGGGUAACUCAUCUAAUGCCAAGUGACGCGAGAGAGAAGUGAGGAAUCGAAGCUGUUAUCACGGAUGCCUAGGAAUCGGAAGUAUACAGGGAUCUGCAAGUGACCAGGCGUUCAUCUAUCUUGCUGACAAGAAGAUUAGCCUCGUCUCUUGCUACUAAAUACUGAGCCGAGUCAUCUGCUUUGGCUAACAACCACAAGCGAGCUGGGGGUAAAACGCUGGCUGUUUACCAAGAGACUACACAGACCCGGUCAACAUACAGCUACAGUGAUUGGGAGAAAUGUUUUCAUUCUCUGGAUGGAGACGAAAUAAGCUGGACGCUUAGGGUCAGUCUGUAGCUAGCAGGAUGGAGUGAAUACCUUGUUAUACGCUGCUGGAGAUCUCUCCCAUGGAGACAUACGGGUUGCAUUUUUAAAGCAAAGUAGGAUAUAUGUGCAGAACUGCUUUGCAAACCAUUGAUUUGGUUCGCUGAUAGUUAUUGAAGUAAAUGUACUGCAGCAAUACAUCACAGUUAAUACAUAUGUCUGUGAGACUAAGGGCAGGGUGUUUUGCUGCAGUUCCUUGCAAGUUCUUAACUUUAAAGCGAUGCUAAUGGGAGGACAAUCAGAAUGAGUAAUUAUUCAGGCCCUCUGGUUUGGGAAGGCAGUAAGUAGAUAGGGAACUAGUUCAUCCCCAUGGGAUUAAGGAUUGUAAUCUAUAUAAAUAUGUGUUUAGUUUCUUGUGUACCUUCUUCUGCAUGUACUUCUGUGCUGCUUGUUAAUUGUAGAAUCGCUGUAGCAUGUCUGCCCUUCAGUGCAGCAUCAUAGAUGUUAUGCAAAAAGUAUGGGAUACCUACUCUGUUCAGAUAAAAUAGUCUGCAGGCUAUCUCAAAAGGUAAUGACUGCAGACCUGAAAGAAUCCCAAACUGACUAUUGAAAUUCUGGCUUCAUUUAAAUUGAUGAGAGUUUUACCAUUGGUUUCAGUGGAGACAGGGUUUCAUGCUAUGUACUUAUUCCUUUAAACUUCUCUGUCAUGUAGGGACAGAGAUGAUUAAAGGUCUGUGUGUACAUCCAUGCCUGCAGAUUAUUUAAUUCUUAACUGGAAGCAUAAGAUGAUCUUUCUGUAUAACAAGUAUAAUCUGUUUAGGUUUUAUAUUUAUCACUGUGGUUUUGAAUAAGCUAUGUAUUUAAUUUAUUUAUAAUUAUACAUCCAUUUUAAUUUGAUAUGUGCAGUGCUUUAUGUGACGUUGAUUAAUAAAAUGGUUUGAG